CCUGUCACCGGUAAAGCCUUGCAUUUCCAGCUUGUGCCUUCCUUAUGAGCCUUCCAAGCACGAGGUGGCUGAUGACUGUUCUUGGACCGAAGUCAUGGGUAUGUUGGCUAGAUUUUUAUCUCUCCGUUCUCACCCUGCCAUAUAUGAGGAGAGAUGAAGGAGGAGGAUUUGCUGUCUAAUUAGCAGCAUUCCUGAGACGUGACUGGGUGGUGCUGCAGCCCUGUUGCGUUUGCUGCAGUCAGCUGCUCGACAAUCCAAAAGUGUUCCAGGAACUUACUCUGUUCUGGGACUAUUUGAAGAGAGACACAGAUGGACUGGUGGUUGGUGUUUCUCUCCGCCGAGAAGAGCAAUUUGUACUCUGUAUAAAGGAAUAUGGAUAAAUUUGGAAAGCAUGGCAGGUCCGGAUUUGUUAGGACUCGCAUUCCUAGACCUCAGGUCCUACUGCAGCCAAUCCAGCCUUCUGGUCAUCCAGGUGCUUGCAGAAAUUGCGCUUGCAAAAUGAGCCGCUUUCCUCGGAAAAGUUCCUCGGAGCUGCUGCAGUCAGAAUGCAGGCAUUCCAGGGCAGAUUCCUCGAGCAACUUAGCAAUGGAUACUUUUUGGCUAGAGGUGGAGAGCAUCAAAGAGAGUACCGAAUGUGAGCCGGACGAAUGCAACCUUACGGAUGCCAAACCCCCAGAAGAAGGGGAAGCCGAAGCCGAAUGGCUCCAGGACGCAGGGCUUUCGGAUCUAAUUGGGGACCACGCCACAGAGAAUGGCAACAGUGUCCUGCUUUCCACGUUGACCAAGACUCAGGCAGCAGCUGUGCAGCGACGGCUUGACACUUACACCCGCUCUCGGAGAAAGAAGAACAAGCAGCCUGUCCGUGAUGUCCGAGACAUCUUUGGAGUGGUUGGCUCUGCGGAGACUGAGCCAGAGACAAAUUUGGAAAUGGACAGAUCACACCGCAAGUCUGCAUCGUCAAACAACAUCCAGAAAACAGAUCCAACAGAAACCCAGGACUUCCCAUCGCCUCUGAGAGGCUCUGCAAGAGAGGAGCUAUUCAGCACGGAAAUUGCUUAUUCUGAGCAGGCAGCCAUCCUGCUCAAAGGAUCUUUCCCAAGGGAAUCCAGGAGGAUAAAGGAUGAGAGCUGUUUACCUAAAUUUAAGAUUCCCAAGGGGAGGCUGGGAGUAACCAGAAUAGGAGACUUAUCUCUGCAGGAUAUGAAAAAGAUUCCUACGCUGGCACUCAUUGAGCUAACUGCUCUCUGCGACGUUGUUGGCUUGGAGCUGAAGAGAAACAAAGCAGUAAAGCGGAAGGCUGCAGAGCGCAAGCUUUUUGGGGUUUCACUUGGCACUUUGUUAGAAAAUGACGAAAAGCUCUUCCCAAAUACCAGGGUUCCAUUGAUUCUGCAAGCAUUGCUGUCGUGUUUAGAAAAGAAAGGACUGGACACGGAAGGAAUCCUAAGAGUUUCAGGAUCACAGAGCCGCAUUAAGAGCCUGGAACAAAAGCUAGAAAGUGAGUUCUAUACUGGUUUCUUCCAGUGGGAUGAGGUCCAUCAGAAUGAUGUCUCUGGCUUGCUGAAGAGGUUCAUCCGGGAACUGCCCACCCCUCUGCUGACGGCAGAAUACUUACCUGCCUUUGCAGCUGUGCAAAAUAUCCCAGAUCUGAAACAGAGGCUGCAGGCUCUCAAUCUGCUUAUACUGAUUUUGCCAGAACCCAACCGAAACACCCUGAAGGCUUUGCUGGAGUUUCUGAGGCUGGUGGUUACCAGGGAGCGGAAAAACAAGAUGAAUCUUUGGAACGUUUCCACAGUCAUUGCUCCAAAUCUUUUCAUGCACAAGGGGCUGCCGAACAAGAUCCCGGAAGGGAAGGAGAAACAGCUGGCCGAGGGUGCGGCGGACGUGGUGCGGAUGAUGAUCCAUUAUCAGGAUUUACUCUGGACUGUUGCAUCUUUCUUGGUAUCUCAAGUGAGAAAACUGAACGAGAGCAGCAGCAGGAGGUACCAGUUCUGUGACAGGAGGAUCAAAAACCUGUUAAGGAAGAUUAAUCUGGACAAGGAGAAGACUGAGAAAAACCAUGGCGAACCAUCCAAAAUAGUGAAAGUCCAGGCUUCCCCAUUCCUAAAGGAUUCCCUGGAAGUUCGCUUAACCAGUGGAACCAAAGCUGCAGAUGUCCUGAGGCAGUUCCAGAAGAACCUCUGCCAAAACGGCUGGAAUAUUGUCAACACAGUCAAACUUAUCAAAUGUAAUGGUUCGGUAGAUACGAUGAACCUGCUCUUCUAUGAAGUCGGCGGCAACAUAAGUGAACAUUGCUUGGACCCAGACACAUACCUCUUAGACCUGUACCAUGUGAAUCCUCAUGCAGAAUGGGUUAUAAGACAAAACCCAUCUUUUCCAAGGACACUCUAGGAAGACUGGCGAGAGGGAAAUGACCUAGCUGGAAAUUAUGUUAAACAAAUAGUCAAAUGGGGCCGGGGUGGGGAUGAAUUUUUUAUUCCUGGAUUUUUAUUUUUAUUUUAAUGGGAGGCUGUGAAAAAAGAAGCAAUUCCCUUUAACUGUUCACAUGAACUUGUGGCUAAUUGAAGGGUUACAUUGGGGUAGCAGAGUUUCUAUAGGAUGUGAAUGCCUGUAGUAAAGGACUUCUGGAAAGAAAGUUUUAAAAAGAGACAGUCUUGUCUUUGAAGAAAUUGAUGGAGAUCAUCUGGGUUUGAUUCUUUUAAUGCGCAAGCUUCAGGUUCUCACAUUAGUGGAAAGACACCCCAGUGAACAAAUGUGCUGUCAUGUAAAGCCUGCACACUUUCUAAAGAAGUAAGGCUUCUCAGAUAGAAGCUGGGGUUAUCUACAUUUUGCUUCAUUUUGUUUCUGAAGGGCUUAAUAGGUAACCAAAUUGCCCGGAAUGUAGAGGAGAAGUUCUGCCCUCAAAAUGCUAAUGUCCCAAGCACAGUGUUGGUGACAUAUUAACUAUGCACAACUGUAGGUGUGCAAUGUCUUCUGGGAUGCAGCCUUGACAUUGCAGUUCAGUGCACAAACAUGUAUUUGUGUGUGCACACACAGUUCCACAUACAUGUUGCUAUUUGAUUAGAGUAAACCAUCUCAGUAUUACUGUUUAAUUCAACCUUUUUAAUAUUCAGAUUGGAUUUCACAUCCCUGUCUGGUUGUAAUAAUUUUUUCCUUUAGAGAAACUCCCCAGCAGAGACUUGUCUUCCUAUACUGGGCCCUAACAAGUCUUUUCGUUAUGACCAAGACAAUCCAGAAACACCUGAGCCAUAUAAUGUUCUUAGUUUUCAUGUCUUCAUUGUUUCUUUGGUGUUGCAUUUUUAAAAUGUUGUGUUUGUAGGUAUAUUUACCAAAAGCCUGUUGAAAUGAUCUAGGUUGUUCUGGAGAAAGCGAUGAUCUGUACUUAAAGAUCCUCCUUUCCUUGUUUGCUCACAUUUUUUAAAAGGCCAAAAUAUCCACCUAAAUGUGUAGAGGGUUUCUCAAAAUUGGUAGUUUUGAAUAUCUGUAUUUUGCACUUGUGACUUAAAAGAGGGCCUAUUUAUUUUGAAAAUGUCAACUAAUAGAGACAUUUAAAUGGUUAUUUCAUGUUAUCCACUUCCAAAUUAGUGGAUGUGAGAAAGCUAAACCCUUUCUCAGCCCAAACACCAGAGCUGGUGUUGUCAGAAGAGCAAAAUAUGAACACAUAUGCCGGAAGAUUGCCGCAUUUGGACAUAAAAGGAUUUAGAAGGAGGCAUUUUGUCAGCAUAAGAAUGGAAUUCGUGCUUGAAGGUGGAUGAGUAGGGCAGGGAGUCCACCUUUAAUACAAACGUGCAUUACACAUCUGAUCUCUGUAGAAAAGCAGCUUUGGAAGGAAGGAAGCAUGUAUCUGAAACCCCAUUUCUUCUUUUGCAGCGGGGAGGGGAGAAGCUGCCUACACUAGGAGGGAAACGGUUAAUGCCCCUCCCUGCUGCCCAGCUGUCAAUCAUGCCCUCCUAAGGCUGCCUUUUGAAGAGAGGAUCAAGGGCUAUUGCAUGUAACAUCUGGUGAAUGAGUUGCCAUUUGGAUAGGAAGAAAGCAAAUUAACCUGGGAAGUUACUUUCCACUUGCCCUCUACUUUCCUUCCUUAGCCCCAUUUGUAGUAUCAUCUGACUCCUUGCCCUCCAGUGUAAAUGGGUGGUGUUGAGAGGUGAUGCGUGGGUAGUUCACAGAUCCCUUGGGGCUUUAUUGGAGGUCGGAAUGAGAAAUUGCAUGAAGAGGUAUCUCCUGGUAAAAAUGGCAACAGCAUGUAAAUCUCCUCUUCCUUCCCUCUGUGUAAGGUUGAGUCUAUCCUAGCCCCAUGUCUUGGUAUCAUUACCGCCAGUGUUUUCUUUUCCCAACCUCACUGAUAGUCAGUGCUGGGGGCAAGGAAGUAGGGAAUCAUGGUGAGAUCACAACACAAAGCAAGUUUUAUUUAACCAUACAGAUGGGGGCGGGGAAUAGUUUAUGCGGAAGCUGUUUUCUUCUAAAGCUGUGUUGUUUCAUUCUGACCAGAGUGCUGGAGUCAUGUCUUGCUCAGCAUAAACACUUUCCAACUUUGCAUUUCUCAUCCUUUGUAGACUUUUACCAGAGAAAGGAUAGGUGCAGAAGUCCAUUAGAAUUUUCUGGGAAAGUACUAACAGAUGUAAUGAGCAGCACAGGCUGGAUGACUCAGAUGUGUUUAGGAAAGUAUCUACAUGUCACAGCACAGCCUUAAAAGAAUACAGAAUUGCCUACAAAAUCCCUUGAGUAUUUUUUUAAUAGGUAUAGCACACUCUAAAUCCACUGUUCAAAAUUGUUUCAUGCCAAUGCAUGGAAAGUAGUCAGUACAGAACAGUCUUCCACAACCUGGUGCCCUCUGCAUACUCCCACCUAGCAUGGGAAAUUUUCCAGGAGUUAUGGGAGUUGUAGUCCAAAGCUUGGGGAAGGCUGGUGUAGAACUUUAAGAGCAUAGCUGGCUUGCCAAGCAGAGGGUAUGCUUUGAUCCUGUAUGAUAAAGGGUGCAAGGUGGCAAUUUUGGUAACUCCGAAAAGGUCAAGGUAGAAGAGAGGCCAAUCUCUGCUUCCAAGAUAUGAAAAUUAAGUUUUGUACUUGGGGCCAAUUCGAAUGAAUAGCUUGGGGGAUGAAAGAAAAUGACUCGGAUUCCUCAAAUGCUAACAGAGUAAUGUGAAAUGAGUAUUGUGAAAAGCUAUGUGUGCAGGAGCAAAACCCGAGAUAAACUAACAUUUGAGGGGGAAAGAUGGUGUAGGCCCAAAUCUGUCCAUAAUAUUGAUGGUCUGUCAUCACUUUCACUGUCUUUUUGUGUCUCUAGAAAUUUUAUUGAUGGCAGUUAAAGUGGCAAGGCAUAAAAUGGUAAAGCUCACUUGUGUGUGUGCGUGUGUGUAUUUUUUUAAAAAACGAUGGUUUAUAUUAUUUUUAAUGCUGUAUUUAAUCAAUAAAGAACUAGAUACGUUUCCAAAA